AAAAAAGGGAUUUAGGGCUUUUUCCUUCUGAUUGGGCUUGGUCCUACUAAGCCUAACCUGAAUAGGUCCAUAAUUGCAAGUUGGGCCCUUUUAUUUAGUCAGCCCAUAUUUAUUUCAUUUUGCAUUUUAAUGGACCAGAAUGGGUCCAUGUUGUAGGUUAGGCUCUUUUAUAAACCAGCCCAAUUUUAUUUAAUGGACCAUAAUGGAUUUUGGACCCGGGCUAAGAGUUAGUAGCCCAUUUAAUUAUUUUUUUUUAAUACUGAAUAAUUUGAAUUAGGCCCUCAUGCAUAUUAAUUAUUAAAUUGUUAAAUUUUGGACAUUUCUUGCUGUCAUAUAUGCCUUGAAUUUUGUGAUUAACAUUUUUUGUUUAAAUCACAUGUGAUUUUGAUUAUGAUUAUAGCAUGUUUAAUGGUUAUGAUUUUGUCACAUAACUAUUAUUUUGUGAUUAAAAUUUGUUGGGCAUAAAGACUAUCCUUAUUUUCCCAUUAAGAGAAUAUUUUGAAAUUGAAGUGGGUGGUAGUCACCAAAGUGGCACACUCACUGAUAUUUAUCUGAUUUUCUUAAAAAAAAAAAGGAGGGUAGCAUUGCAUUUUGCCAAAUCAUUGAAUGCAAUAUCUUGCCCGAAGGUGUUAUUGUGUAUGAUGAUUUGGAAAAAUGACAUGAAGUGAUUAAUGGGAUUGCAUUAGCCUAGAAUCAUUCUUCUGCCCAAAGGUGAUGGUGUUUCGAAAGCUGAUGUGAUUUUGUUAAUUAGCUUCAUGAUAUGUUUUAAGAAUACCUUAUAGCAUGUUGUGUUGUUAGCCCAAAGGCGACUCUACAAUGAUGCACCGAGGCUCUUACCGUAAUUAGACUUAUAUGUUUUUUCAAGUUGAUUACGGACUAUCUAAUUAAUAGCCCAAGUUGAUUAGAUAGAUAUGUUAUCAUCCAUUGAUUGCAUGCAUCACUUUUGGAUGAUAUUAAAUAAAAUAUGUUGUUUCCGCAGUCUUGAAUGCCUCUUCCCUAUCAAGCCAAUUGUCUGCCGUUCAAAUCUUGACUGGAAAUAAUUAUGUGAGAUGGAAACGAGACAUAGAAAUAGCACUGGGUCUCUUGGAUUUAGAUUUUGCUUUAGAGGAGCAGCCUUCAAAACCAACAGAUAAGAGCACUAUCGAAUAUAAGGCUGAGUAUGUCAAAUGGAAAAGAGCUAACAGGCUAUGUUUGAAGAUUAUCAAGCGUUCCAUAUCUGAUUCCAUUAUGGGUGCUAUACCGGACCACGACAAUGCUAAGAAUUUUUUGGAUGCUAUAGGACAGCGAUUUGUUGAGUCCGAUAAGGCUGAGACUGGGGACCUAAUAGAUAAAUUUAUGAAUAUGAAAUAUGAUGGUGUUUGUGGAGUUAGGGAGUACAUCAUGAAAAUGCUGCACAUAAGUUCUAAAUUGGAAGCCCUCAAAGUUCCCAUUGCAGAGCAUUUUCUUAUCUAUCAUAUUCUUAAUAGCCUUCCUAGCCAGUUUAAUCAGCUUAAAGUUGCUUAUAACGCCCAGCGUGAUAAAUGGGAUUUGAAUGAUUUGAUUGCUGUGUGUGCCCAAGAGGAGUAUAGAAUACGUCGUGAGACUGUUGAAACUGUGCAACUGACCCAUCAGCCUUCUCAAAACAAGAGGUCUUCUCAUAAUCGUAAGGGCAAGUUCCAUAAGGGCAACAAACCUCACUACAAUCAGCAGAACAAAGGAUCUGAUGGGCAGACUUCUGGUGGUCCUAAAGGAAUUAUGAAAAAGAAUGACAAAUGUAAAUUCUGUAAAAAGAAGGAUCAUUGGCAGAAGGAUUGCUUUAAGUUUAAGGCUUGGUUGGAGAAGAAGAAGAUUUCAUCAGGGAUUAAUAAGGAGACGGAGGCCAAGUGAGAAUGAAGUGAACCUAUGCGUUGGAAAUGGAGUUCAAGUUAAAGUUGAGUUUAUAGGAGCAGUGAAGUUAUCCUUGGAGUCUGGUUUUUCUCUUAUUUUGGAAAAUAUA